UUGAAAGCCUCAACAUGAAGUUCACACUAUUUGCUCUGCUUGCUGCGUUCUGCGUGCUCAGCGUAAAUGCCGGCACCUGGCAACCGCUGAGUGUGGUCCCUGACACUGGCCUGGAAUACGAGCCGAUGGAUUUCGCUGAUAUCGAUGGUGAUGUGCUCAUCGAUCCGGAGAUGUUCAGCUUCUUCUCGUCAGUGUGGUGGGCCAUCAAGGCGGCACUACGCAGCGUUAAGGGCUUCAACUGCAUCAUCAAGUGGGUUGGGGGCAUCCAGGCGAGCGCGCUUCAAUACAACGCUGACAUCGUCAACUGCGGCGUAGAUGCCAGCAAGGACGUGACCAAUCUGAUCAAUGCCAACUUGAAGAUCAUCAACACCGCCAGCAACAUCAUCAAUCUGAAGAGCACCAUUUGCGCCAGCGCCGACGAGCCCGAGGAGCAGAAGAUCACCAAUAGCUGCGCCGUCAAGACUCUGGCCCAGGUCUUCAGCCUGUACAAGCAGGUGAAGUCUGCCAUUUCCUUGGCCAAGAAGAUUCCAAAGACUGGUCCCAAUGCCGUCAGCUGUGUCGCCGAUGCCACCAACACCUUGGUCAGCUACUACACCCAGUUCCCCGCCAACUUGAAGUCUUGCUCCAAGCUGACCAGCAACUAAGCUGUAGUCUUAACCAUUCUGUUUUUUUUGUAUAAACAUAUAAGCCAAGCAAAUAAUAAAA